CUUGUGUGUUGUACUCCGAGAGAAACCGGCGCAACCGCCCUUAACCACUCGGUCCCUGGAUUAUUUAGGGUUCUGGGUUCUCGAGUCGGCGGCGAGCGCUUUCUUUGUCUUGGAAGACGAUUUGGUUUGGCGGGGAGAGAAGGUUGUGCUAGUAAUUGAUCCAAGUUAAGGCGUCGCCAUGAGCCGGUCAGGGCAGCCUCCGGAUCUGAAGAAAUACAUGGACAAGAAGCUCCAAAUCAAGCUGAAUGCAAACCGUGUUGUCAUUGGCACACUUCGUGGAUUUGAUCAGUUCAUGAAUCUGGUCAUUGACAACACAGUUGAGGUCAAUGGAAACGAAAAGAAUGACAUCGGGAUGGUGGUCAUCAGGGGAAAUAGUGUUGUCAUGAUUGAAGCACUCGAACCAGUCGCCAAGGCUCAGUGAACUUUCAGCGGAUCUAGAUGUGGUUCAGUCGUUAAGCUAGUAGUAUUAAUUCAAAACUGUUGUAUGGCAUUGGGCAUGUUUUAGCCUGAGUUCCCUCAUUCUUACUUAUCUGCAAGCUUGCGCACCUCUGUAUGACUGUAUAGCUCAGCAAGAUUUACACUGCUUUCUGGUGUUAUUCUGAUGGGAUUUGUGCGUCGUGGUAUCAUGCUAAAAAGGGUGUGAAUUGUGAUGUGUUCCUUAUCUAAACUGGAGAUGCUAGUUCAGAUCCGCAUUUUGGUGUUUUUA